AUUUUAUUUUUUAAAGAACUCAUAUUUUGAUGACGACGACAUACUAAAAACAAUAUUACAAAAAUAAACAGAAUCACAGACCUACUAAGAUUCUUUAAGAAUAUAUAAUUCUAAAUUAUUCAAUCUAAAUAUUUGGACUGAAGCGAGUAAAGCCAACAAACAUGCCCGCCUUGCUAGAGCGGCCUAAAAUGACAAGGGCCAUGUAUGAGGCCUUAAAACGGCAUAUAAUGCGAGAGAGAGAAAAAAAGAAACAAGAACAAGAACAAGAUGCCAUGAUGGAGAGGCUAAAAAAAGAGAGAGAAUUAAAGAAGAAAAAAGAAGAGGAAGACAGUCUCACGCUAGAAGAAACCAAUGAACAGAUAUUGCAGCUGGAAAAAAAGUUGGAGAUUUUAAAAGGUCAGAAGCAUGAUUUGUUUUCCCAGUUGAAGAAAGUUUUACAUCAGGAAGAUGAAACAAGACGCAGAGCCCAACAAAAAGAACAGAGUGAAAUGACCUUAUCUCAGCCUUCUUAUCAACAUGCAAGUCUCGCCCCUGCUCCCCAACCAGUGAUGAUGCAUGGAAGACCUGCACUGUACAAGCCAACAGCACCCACCCCAAUUCUGACUGGCAUUAAAAGACCAAGAAGCCCUUCCCCACCAGCAGUCUCAGCUUCAUUUUCUGGCUACAAUCACAGUGAACCAAAAUAUCCUCACACCACUGAUCCUAAAUACACUCACGGGGACACUAAAUAUGUCACUCAUCCUGAGAAUAAAUUUUCACACGCUGAUGCCAAGUACCUGGCACCAUACACAGCACCUAAAGCUGCUCCAACACAUCUGUACGCAACAAACCACACUCCGGCUGCUGAGUACAAGAAUUCAGCUUAUCAACAAGCUGGAACCAGUCAUUUGUUUCCCACCAACCAAAGCUUUCAACAGCAGCAGGGUGCUGGUGGCUCCUACCCUUCUACACAGCCAUCUAGUAACAAAUAUCCUGGCCCCAAUGCUUCUGCAUUUAGUUCUUAUCAGAACCAAUUCUCACAGAAGACUAUAGCUGAACAGUUUACUGGUUACCCAAUACAGAGGAUGCAACAGCCAGCCUACCAUACAAUAAUUCAGCAACAGCAGUCUCUAGAUCAUGGCUCUCAAAAACAACCAGCAUUUGAAGACAAAUACAAACUUAGCCAGAGCACAAUCAGAGGGAUGGUACCACCACAACAGCAAGCUCUAACUCAGGCCAUACAGCUGCAACAGCAGCAGCAACAGCAACAACAACAACAAGCUAAGGAAGGAGCUGUAAACAUGAAAAUAUUUGCUACCCAACAAAGUUCUGCUUCAUUUGUAAGUGGCUAUCCUGCCAGGAGCCAGGCAGCCCCUCCUCCAGUCAACUACCCCACAUCAACCAAUGCUAGCACUUAUGCCACUCAAGCAGCAGCCCAAGGACGGCCUAGUUAUGGAGGUCAACCCCACAGCAGAUUUUUUUAAACCUGCUCAGUCUUGAGAAAGCAACCUACUUAAUACAGGAUUCUUUUGAAAACAACUGUCAGAAAACACAUUCAAGUUAUGGACAAUUUCUUGAUACUAUUUGUCAAAAGAUACAUCUUGUCAGUACUGCAUGCAUAGUUUAUAUGGAUAUUUUGUUGUUUCUUAAGUUACAAAUAAAGCUUGUAUUAUGAUUCCAAGUUGGUCAAAGUUACAUUAAUAGUAUGCUAUCAGGCCUUAGCUUACACUCAAGAGUUUUUGUAUUGUUUUUUUGUGUCUAGUUUGAAAGCAAUGUGCAUUCAGAUGAAUGAGUCAUCUUUUCUAUUGGCUCUUCAUAAAUCAGUUCAAAAUGUUUCUUGAAUUGAGAAACAGUCUGUACCAUACUGAGAUUGAUAAGCUGAAAGUGAGAUACUACUACUUCUAGUAGAGAAUCACAUUUGUGUAGGUUUGAAGGAAAUGAACUGAAAAAGUUAUAAAAUGGAUUUUUUUUUGGUCUUCAUAACUUGUCAUUUGUUCAUAACAAUCAAUGCAUACAACAUUGAAACUUAAUGAAAUGGACAUAUUUUUGCUGAAAGGCAAUUAUGCAUUACAUUUAGCUAUUAAGGCCAUUAAAGAGAACUAUUUUUUCAACCAGAAAUUGUAUAAACGUUAGUAACUUGCCAUGUUGUUUUCUGAGUCUGUAUUACUUGUGCACCAAUUCAAAUGUGCUUCAUGACAAUGUCAUUCAGGCUUAGAGUUUGUGUUAUGUAAAUGUUUUGAUUUUUACAGAAUUAUUGUACAUUUGUUUUUACACCUUGAUGAGCACAAAUAUGACCUAAAACUCAACUUUUAGAUUUGGACACAGUGUCAUUUCAGAAUCUACAAGUCAAGUAGUCUGUUACUAAAGUGCAAUAAAAGCAAUGGUAUCUGAUAUUGAAUCAAUUCAUUCUCUGUGCAUAUAUUAGCUAUGCCUUGUUUGAAAUAAAGAUCAAUGGUGUCAACUUG